AUGCCGAAAUCUAAAUACAAAAUUUCUAAGACCAAACAACCUCUCAAAAGUAAAAGACAAAUUUCGGAGCCAGAAACAGACCAAGAAACAAUAGAAUUCGUGUGGUCCACGCAAGUUUCCAAUGCCUGGAACAGGAUGAAGUACCAGCUAGAACAUCCACUUGAAGGAAGAAUACCUCCUAUACCUGGCAUAAUAGACUGCAAAAAAGAUAUAUACAUAUCACAGCUGGUGCCAAUGUAUGCCGAUGUUUUAAACGAAAGAUGGAAUAGGAAACAGAUGGAGUUGUGGGCUCAGUAUGACGAAACAUCAUUAGAACACGUGGUGAGAAAUUUUUGGUCACCGCACUUUUUGCCGAGAAGAAUUGCUCUUCCGAAUAUUGUAACUUUUGAUAAAAGCGAUGAUUUAAUCAAAACAACAGACAAAAAAGGUAAGAAAACUCAAGAAAAACCUGAUGAGGUCAAACCAGAUAAGAGCAAACAACAAGAUAAAAAAAAGAAAAAGGUAGCCAAUGAAGAAAAAGCGGAGAAGAAUGAGCCUACUGUAGUUGCGGCCGAGAAAAGGAACAUCAAAGUACCAUGUAUGAAUAUCUUUCCACAGUUGAAUCUCACUCAGUCUCUGCUUUCUCUCAUUUCAGAACCCAAGGUUGAUAAACCCGUUAUUGAAACUUCUGAAUCAAAUAUUGAAAACAAGAAAAAUCUUAAAAAAGGAACAAAGGCGGUUAAAAAUAAGAAAAAUAAAUAA